CUGUUGUGGGUUUUAACGCUUUUCUCACCAAACCGCCCUGUUUUAAUCACCGCACCGCUAAUUAGCGUUCAUUACCGUUAAUUACUCCCCGCCGAGCCCCGAGGUUGCGGCGAUCGCUGCGGCGGGUCCGCCUGCCCGCCUGGGGGCGCGCUGCGCAUGCGUGAGCUCGCCGAGGCCCCUCCCGGCCGCCGUAGCGCCGCCUCCCCGGCGCAUGCGCGUCGCGGCCUCGCCCUCCCGGUCGCCGCUCGCACCUCCCGGCGCUGGAGAAGCGGCAGCGGGUCCGGUGCGGCCUCACCCCCCCCCCCGUCCCGCCUCACCCCCCGCCCCCGGGAUGAGCGCGGGGAGCGGGAACGUUCUGUGGCCGCAAAAUGGCGGCGCCGGGGCGGGGGGUGGAGGAGGAGGAGGGGGGGGGAGCCACCGCCACCGGCCGCGCUCGCUCUCGCCGUGCGCCAACAUGGCGGCGCUGCCCCGGAUGUGAAGCGGCGCGUUGAUUGGCUGCUGGGUCCCUCUACCCCCUCACCCCACCCGCCUUGUACGGUAUCAUGGCGGCGCCCGCUCCCGCGGCCCCACCGGCGGCCACUUCCGGUCCUGCGCAGUGGGCGGCGGGGCCGGUCAGCGGCGGCGGCGCGAGGAGCGAGCGGGAGGCGGGAGCCCCCGUGAGGCGCUUUGGGGGGUCCCCCCCCCACUCUGUGAUGUCCCCGCGCCCCUGAACCCCCAACCGGGCCAUGGCCGCCCCGCCCCCCCCCGGCGGCGUCAUCGUGCUGGAUGAGGACGAAGAGGGGACCCCCCCCCCCGCCCCCCCCGGCCCCCCCGCCCCCCGAGGACCCCCCGGCCCCUCCGCCCCCCCCGGCAGCCCCGGGACCCCCCAAAGUGCGGAGGCGGGGGGGGGCGGCUACAGGGAGGAGAACGAGCGGCUGUUCCAAGAGUUCCUGGAGCUGUGCGCCCGCCUGACGGAGGAGCACCCCGAGGUGGUGCCGUUCCUGUCGGGGCGGCACCAGAAGGCGUCUCCGGCGUUCCUGGCGUCGGCCGAGCUGCGCAACGUGCUGAGCCGCUGCCUGGCCCGCGUGCGCGCGCGCCGCGCCAAGGUCUACGUGUACAUCAACGAGCUCUGCACCGUGCUCAAGGCGCACACGCUGCGCCGCAAGCUCCCGCUGCUCGCCGCGCCCGCCCCCCCGGAGCCUCCGGCGUCCCCGCGGCCCCCCCCGGCGCCGCCGUCCCCCCCCGGCCCCUCCGCGCCCGCCCCGCGCCCCCCCGGCGGCUCCAAGCGCCAGAUCCGCUACCUGGAGAACCUGCUGCGCGUCUACACGGGCGAGAUCCGGCGGCUGCAGGAGCGCGAGCUGGACCUGGCGGAGCUGGACAGCGCCGACUCCACGUACCUGCAGGAGAGCCGGCUCAAGCGCCGCAUGAUGCGCAUCUUCGAGCGGCUGUGCCAGCUCAAGCGCUGCAGCAGCCUGACCGGCCGCGUCAUCGAGCAGCGCAUCCACUACCGCGGCACCCGCUACCCCGAGGUGAACCGGCGCAUCGAGCGCUUCAUCAACCGCCCCGACGCCUUCCCCGACUACGGCGACAUCCUCAAGGUGAUCCAGAAGGCGAGCGCGCGGCACGGGCUGGGGCUGGCGCCGCGGCAGAUGGAGAACAUGGCGCAGGACGCCUUCCGCGAGGUGGGCAACCGGCUGCAGGAGCGCCGCCACCUCGACCUGGUCUACAACUUCGGCAGCCACCUCACGGACCAGUACCGGCCGGGGACCGACCCCGCCCUGGCCGACCCGGCGCUGGCCAAGCGGCUGCGGCGGAACCGCUGGGUGGCGCUGACGCGCCUGGACGGCGUCAUCGCGCACUUCGCGCAGCUGCAGGACGAGAGCGAGGAGGAGGAGCGGGGGCGGCGCCGGGGGGCGCGCCACAGGGGCCCCCCCGCAGCCCCCCCGGGGAAGGCGCAGGCGUCGGGGCGGCCGCGCCAGGAGGACGAGGAGUCGGAGGACGAGGAGCCGGACGAGGAGGAGGAGGAUGAGGAAGAUGAGGAGGAGGAGGAGGAGGAGGAGGAGGAGGAGGAGGAGGAUGAGGAGGAAGAUGAGGACGAGGAGGAGCCGGAGGAGGAGGAGGAGGAGCAGCAGCGCGGGGCCGAAGGGCGCGGAGCCGCCACGCAGGGUGCCGCGCGGUCCCCGCCCCCCCCCGCGGAGGAGGAGGAGGAGGAGGAGGAGGAGGAGGAGGGGAGGAAGGAGCCGCCCGAGCUCUUCGUGCUGGAGAUCGAGACGCUGCCCGUGGAGUCCCCCCCGCCCCCCCCCAGCCCCCCCAAAACCGCCCCCCCCUCCCCGCAGCCCUCCGAGCCCGCCCCGCCCCCCCCCCGCCUGCUCCCGCCUCCACCCCCAGCAGGACAAGGACGGGGGGGGCGGGGGGGUCCCCGCGCUUUGGGGUCCCCCCCCCCACAAAGGGAAACGCCCCUGACCCCCCCGGAUGACCCGCAGCCCUUGGAGAACGGGGGGGCCGGGGGGGGAGGGGCAGGGGAGGGGGGGGGCAUCAGCUCCACCAGUUUGAAUGGGGGCACCGAGACCCCCCCCCGGAAACGGAGCCGCCUGGAGCCUCCCCAGGGGGGCAGCCCCCCCCUGGGCUCGGAGGAUGAGCAGCUGGGGGGGGGGCCCGGGGGGCUGAGCCCCCGCUCCCCCCGCCCCCCCCCCAGCCCCCUCCCCGAUUCCACCCGCGCCGACUCCCCCGGGAGGGACCUGGUGAGCAGCUCCCAGGGGAGCCCCCCCCGGGACCCCCCCCCGGGCAGCCCCCCCCGCGCCCCCAAGGUCUGCAAGACCAGCGUGGCGACCCAGUGCGACCCCGAGGAGAUCAUCGUGCUGUCGGACUCGGACUGACCCCGCCCCUUUCCGGGACGGCCACGCCCCCCUUUUCCGGGCUGGCCCCGCCCACUCCUUCCGCUUGGCCCCGCCCAUCCCCAAUAAAAACUCCCGUUUUCUUAC